AAAGCUGGGGCACUUGCAAGCAUAACAAAACCAACGGCAGCAUCGUUGACCAGGACCACCAGUGAUGAUGCCACCACCACCACCACGAAAGAAGAAAUGAUAGACAUGCUCAAAAAUCAAGAAGAUUGAUGAUUAUAUAAGAAGGUUGGAGAGUAUUUUAAUGGGAAGAAAAAGCGCAAGUGCAGAAACGUAAAAUAAAUACUGGCAAGAGCAUGAAACUCGGCACAAUAUCUACCUUCCCAGCGACGCAACUACGAUGCUAAGUGGGAAGAAAAAUCCAGUAUAUAACAGAUACAUAUGUACAAAUUCGCUCUUAUCAACAUCCUACAGUACUUCCAUCAACUUUGUAAGAUCUUUUCCAUCACUACACACCUGUGGCAAUACGUCAAACAGCUAUACAAAAUGGAAAGGACCGGCCACCUUGCUCUUAUCGUGAUAUUUGUCGAUAGACUUUAUUAUAAAAAAAGUUUGAAGCUUAAUUAAGGCCAUGUUGUUGGUUUGUAGCGAGAAUAAACAAAUCGGGUUACUCGGUAAUUGUAUGAAACGAUGUGGUUUUUUGUGAAACGCAACUUUUUCAGCUGAUCAACAAAAGGUACUGGAAAUACGCAUAGUAUGUGAGGAAGGUGACCAAUGGGGGCAUGAGAUGUCGAUUCUCACAUCAUCUGCAAUCAUCAAACCACGGGCUACAAUCACCCAG